AUGUUGAAUCGCUCAGCCGUCAUCGCUACACAAUCGUUCACUCCCACUCACUUCUGUCGUCACCUUCGGUCAAUACCGGCUGACAGAUUGAAGAAGCUCAUUGCCGAGGAGAGCAAGGACAUGGGCAAGCGGAUCGUACCAGGCAGAGAUCAAUCGAGUUCCUGGUGGUUGCCUCAACCCCGCGAUCCCACCAAGAAGGUGGUCGGCUUAAGCCCCGUGAAACCCCUUCCACACCUUCGAAUUAGCAUGGUCCGCGAGGGCUGUAGGAAUCGACCUUUUUACACCAUCCAGGUAAAGUCAAGCCAAGCGCACAGAUUGGACCAAGGUAUAGAGCAGGUUGGCUGCUGGGAUCCCCUCCCCAAUCGCGAGCAUGGAGAACAGCUUGUGGGUCUGAACGUGGAACGUAUCCUUUAUUGGAUGGGUCAGGGUGCCCAACCCACGGAACGUGUUGCUGAACUCCUCGGACUUGCUGGCAUUCUUCCCAUUCACCCGCAUUCGUUGCUUAUCGCGCACCGGACCCGACUCGCAGUAAGCAAGCUAGCAAAAACAAACGGGUCUCCUUCAGAGGAAGCAGUAGAAGGUGAGAAGGAGGAGAGGGAUGGAAGUGCUGAGGAGAAAGGGGAGGGUGGAAGUGAUGAGAAGGAGAGAGACGAAUCCACUCAGAGGGCGGACUCGGUUUGGCGGAAAAAGUGCCAUGAUGAACGCUGGUGGCGGUACGGCCUGAUGUAG